CAUUAUUUGUGUUAUUUGUGUUAUCUGUGCAUUUUCCUCUCGAUUGUCAUGGUGUCUAAAGGUUGAUUUUGUUUUUAUUUAUUAGAUUUUCAUUCAUAUAAACGAUACUAUAAUCCCCACGAAACGUAAACAUGAACAGAUUAAUUUUGAAUCCGUGCCGGUGCCUAAAAAGAUCAACUCUGAAAUGGGAAAUCAAAGAGUAUCAGUAUUUUUCACAUGUGAGACAUGCAACGACCCUGUCAUAUGCUAUCCAGCCAGGUGAACCUCAGUUUGGCUGUACACAGCGGCCAUUAAAUGCCAGAGUGUUGUACACUCCACCUUACUUUAGAGGAAUAGCCACAAGCUCCUGCUACUAUGAAAAGGAACCACUUAAACCUUCUUCAAAAGUUGAAGCAACAGUUGAAACUAUAAAGAAAGGAAUAGCUGAGCAAGAGAAGCUUCCAGUGAAGGAAGUACCGAAGAAAAGUAUAGGGGAACGUAUCAUGGCUGAGAUUCGGCAUUAUGCAUACGGUUUCAAACUACUCUUCAUUGAAAUCAGGAUCUCGACAGGUUUAUGCUUUAAGAUUCUAAGAGGCAAGUCAUUAACGCGGCGAGAGCACAAGCUACUCAUCACCACAAUUGGAGACUUAUUCAGAAUGGUACCAUUUAUAGUGUUUAUUGUUGUGCCCUUUCUAGAAUUCUUGCUGCCACUAUUCAUAAAAGUGUUCCCUAACAUGUUACCAUCCACAUUUGAAAGCAAAGAUCAGAAAGAAUCAAAAAUGAAACAGCACUUAAAAGUCAAGUUGGAAAUGGCUAAGUUUUUCCAAGAGACACUGGAUCAGAUGGCUCCUCAGGCGAGUAAUAGGCACUCAACACUCGCAAAAGAGUUUCAGACCUUCUUCACAAAAGUCAGAACUUCCGGUGAUGUGGCCACUAGUGAGGAAAUAAUGAAAUUCUCAAAAUUAUUUGAAGAUGAAAUUACGUUAGAUUCACUUCAGAGGCCACAUCUGAUUGCACUUUGCAAAGUGUUAGGAGUCACUUCUAUUGGUACAAGUGCUAUGCUACGGUGGAAUCUAAGGAUGAAGUUGCGGUCUUUGGCUGCUGAUGACAAAAUGAUAGCUAAAGAAGGUGUGGACAGCUUAAACUUUAGCGAGUUGCAACAGGCGUGCCAAGCACGUGGAAUGAGAGCUUAUGGUGUAUCAGAAGAGCGCCUUAGGAAGGAAUUAAGAAACUGGCUAGAUUUGUCUUUGAACGAGAAAGUUCCACCAUCACUUUUGCUUCUGUCCCGAGCAUUGAUGGUGCCAGAACAUGUGCCAACAACAUAUAAGUUGAAGGCUACCAUUUCAGCACUGCCUGACUCAGUUGUAAUGCAAACUAAGGCUGCCAUUGGAGAGAAGGAAGGCAAAAUUGACUUCAAGGCUAAAAUGGAAUCCAUCAGGCUUGAAGAACAAAAGAUCAAAGAAGAACAGGCUGAGAUGCUUGAAGCUGAAAAAGAGAAACAGAUAUUGGAAGCAAAGAAGAGAGAGAAGGAAGAACUCAAAGACAAAGCACCCAUCCUUGAUACUGAACAAGAAGCCGCUGCUAAGGAUGAGGCAAUGGUGCUGAAUGUGGAUAGUCCUAAACCGGCUGAGGAGGGUCUGUCUGGAAAGGAUAUUGAGGUCAUUGAGGAUGCUUUAGAAAAAUUAGCUGAGCAGAAGAAAUCCCUGCUCCUCGAGAAGGAGAGCAUCCAAGGACUAAAGCUGGAGCUCUCCGAGUACAGCGAGGAUGUCAAGGAGAUGCAAGAGAUCGUCAAGACCAAGCAGGCAGACAUCAAGGUCUCCAAGGGUGCUAGAAGACUAUACAAAGCAGUGAACAACAUGAUCAGCAAACUCGACUCCGUUCUAGUCGAGCUAGAAAACAAAGAGAAAGCGCUCCAGAAAACCCUAGAACAGACCAAGUCCGAGCCGCAGAAAGCCAAGGAGCAGCUGAUCCAUAUCGAUGAACUGAUGCAUUCCAUUAAGAGUCUACAGAAGGUGCCCGAUGAGGCCAAGCUGAAGCUGAUUCAGGAUGUUUUGGGGAGGUUGGAUGAUGAUUUUGACGGGCAGUUGAAGGUCGAUGACGUUUUGAAGAUGGUUGAAAUAAUAGGCAACGAGAAUGUGAACCUGUCAGAGAAGCAGGUGCAGGAGCUGAUCGAGCUCCUCGACAAGGAGGAAAUUCUAGAAGUAGAGAGCAAGAUACAGAAGGCGCUCGACAAGGCGGCGACAGCGGAGAAGGUGCAGAAUAUUGAAGCUCUGGAAGCUAGCAAGGGUCUAUUCGACUUAAUCCGAGAAGCACAGAAGCGACGAGAAAUGAAGAAAGCAGUCGAAAAGUUCGGCGAUCAACCCUCGAUCCCGAAGAGCGAAGACAUCGUCACCAAGACCAAACCAGAGGACAGCAGUAAACGGCAAGAGAGCCACUGAAAACUCUACCUUAGGAUUAUUCAAGUAAAGUUGUAAAUACUGUGGCUGUAGGUGACGUUUGCGUCUUAUGCUAGUCGAGCAACCAGCAGAAAUGACGAUCCCAUCAUUACUAUAUAUAGGGUUAACAAAGCAAGCUUUGAUCCCUUCUGUAAAGUGUAAUGUACUGUUAUGUAAUGUUUCCCUAAUGACAAUAAGCAUUUGUAUACAUGUAAUCGAUAACUGCAUGUAAAUAUUUACAUAAUGCCUAUUCCGUUUCGCACCGUACAAAAUAUUUUUCAGAUUAUUAUUUAUUUCCGGUUUCGUAAUUUAUAAAAUUCUAUUUUAUUGCUUAUGCAUUUCUGUGAUCGCUGUUGUAAGUUUUAUGUUCGUUGUGUAUAUUAGCGUUGGAAUAGCGCUGCACAAAUUGUGUGUCUGUAUGUAUUCGAGUUUAUUUGAUUGGCACCGGCCUACAUUAUCAGAAAUUGGGAUUUACUUCAAGUAUAAAAUAUCUCGCAAGUUGCAUUUAAAAUGUGACGGAUUUGUGUAUAUAAAAGAUAUAGAGGAUUAAUAUUAUAUGAUUUCAAAACUGGUUUCUAAACCCUGGCGUAUCAUGUGAUUCUUGGCUGUCUAUAAUUUAAGCUAUCACAAUUUAACCUGUCUGCACAUCUAAUGCAGGUAUUAACACAACUAAAUAUACAUUUAUAUGUAAAAUCUUGUUCUAAAACAAUUGUUGUGGGGUAUAACAAAUAUAGUGAUUUUAAUGUUAUAGCUAGAUGUAUCUGUACUCAUUAGAUGUGCUGAGAAUCGAACUUACUUAUGUUAAAGUAAGAGAAUAAAGAGAUCAUUAUAUGAA